AUGAAGGUCACUAUCAAGGAAUGGAACGCGGUCGCAACCUGGCGUUGGGAUAUGCCCGAGGACGAGGUCUGCGGUAUCUGUCGCGUCCAGUUCGACGGCACUUGUCCAACCUGCAAAUUCCCCGGUGAUGACUGUUCUCUACUUCUCGGAAAAUGUGGACAUUCAUUUCAUAUGCAUUGCCUUAUGACAUGGAUUCAACAGGAAACCUCCAAAGGACUCUGUCCGAUGUGCAGACAGAAAUUCGAGUGGAAGCAAAACGAUGACGAUGAUGAGUGA